AUGGCUUUUCACGUCCUGUGUUUCUGUGUUGAUGAGUUGACGGAAUCGCUUGUUCCCCAGAUUGAUCGGGUUGUUGAUACACUGAUUCCAUUUUUGAAAUGGUAUCAUGAUCCACCUGUUGCUGAUGCCAAAGCAAUUAGAAUAGCUGCUGCUUCAGCCAUGCCAAAGAUACUGAAUUCAGCUACAGAAGUUGUAGAAUACAGCGACCCAGAGGACUAUGAUCAAAAUAUGCAAUACGUCGAGACAUUAUCUAAUAAGGUCAAAUGUGCUUUGGAGGAAGCUUCAGAUUUGGAACCUGACAAAGAAGUUCGUUUAAAAAUGUAUGAUGCAGUCAUCAUGGAAAAGGCUAGGGCUUGUCAUGUGCUGUGUUUCUUUGUUGAUAAUUUGACGGAAUUGUUUGUUCCCAAGAUUGAGCAGGUUGUUGAUACACUGGUUCCAUUUUUGAAAUGGUAUCAUGAUCCACCUGUUGCUGAUACACUUGUUGCCGAUGCACGUUAUUGUGCUAAAGCAAUUAGAAUAGCUGCUGCUUCAGCCAUGUCAAAGCUGGUGAGAUUAGCUGUAGAGAACAACCAAGCUGAAGGUCACAGUGAGUCAUAUGUCAACCAGUUGUCUCAAUGCCUCAGACAUGCAUUAAAGGAAGCUUACGAUGAGGAAUUUGACCCGGAAGUUUAUCCAAAAAUGUGGGAUUCUUGGAAUGAAUGCAAACAGGUGUUACCCUAA